UUAAUGCCCAAGCAGGGGCGGACUGACAACUCAUGGGGCCUCCGGGCAACAGGGGAUCAUGGGGCCCCUGGUCAGUAGGGGGCCCCAUGAGAUGCCCCUGGUACCUUUUUUAUAGGCUUUUUGAGUUUGGGCAAGGACACAGGGGCCCCAUGAUCCCCUAUUGCCCGGGGGCCCCAUGAGUUGUCAGUCCGCCCCUGGUGUGAACCAAGCCUUAUAGUGUGGAUGGGGUCAGGGGAUGAAAGCUGUAGAUUAGCUCAA